UUUUGUCGGUAGCCGCUUUCCGUACUUACCGGUUAUUGGAGGUCAGCCUCCUGUGGCGUGAGCUUGAAAUGUGAACCCAGAAAUGUCAUGAAGUGAAUCUGAAGAAAGCAAUCAGUGCCUUCAUUUACGCGGAAUCGCUUUGUCUUCAUGGCGUGAAUCUCCUUUGUGUGGUAAACUGUUGCGAGCGGAAGUCUUAUUGUGACAGAAACGGGCAAUAGUUGAUCCGUCCGUUUUGCCCUACAGAGGCCUGCGCUGUUACAUGUAGCAGCAGGAUCAAUGAUCCUCGACAAAGGACUCGUCCGUUUUUUAUUUUGAUCACAUUAAAGUUGCAACAAUGAGAAAGGACGUGAGGAUAUUACUGGUCGGAGAACCCAAAGUGGGGAAGACCUCUCUUAUCAUGUCACUCGUCAGCGAGGAAUUUCCUGAUGAGGUUCCUCCAAGAGCCGAAGAGAUUACUAUUCCUGCAGACGUCACACCUGAGCGAGUGCCCACUCAUAUAGUAGAUUACUCCGAAGCAGAACAGUCAGAUGAGCAGCUUUACCAAGAAAUAACAAAGGCUAAUGUUAUAUGCAUCGUCUAUUCAGUGAACAAUAAGAAAUCAAUCGAAAAAGUGACGAGUCAUUGGAUUCCACUCAUCAAUGAAAGAACAGAUAAGGACAGCAGAGUGCCGCUAAUCCUGGUGGGCAAUAAAUCUGACCUGGUGGAGCACAGCAGCAUGGAGACCAUCCUGCCCAUCAUGAACCAGUACUCAGAGAUUGAGACCUGUGUGGAGUGUUCUGCCAAAAACCUGAAGAAUAUCUCUGAGCUGUUUUAUUAUGCCCAGAAGGCUGUUCUUCACCCCACAGGACCUCUGUACUCGCCAGAAGAGAAAGAGAUGAAGCCGUCUUGCAUCAAAGCACUCACUCGCAUUUUCAAAAUAUCAGACCUGGAUAAUGAUGGCAUUCUGAAUGAUAACGAGCUUAAUUUCUUCCAGAGAACAUGUUUUAACAUACCACUGGCACCUCAAGCCCUGGAGGACGUCAAGAAUGUCGUGCGGAAAAAUAUGACCGAUGGAGUCAAAGACAACGGCCUUACACUGAAGGGUUUCCUGUUUCUUCACACACUCUUCAUUCAGAGGGGGAGGCAUGAGACCACAUGGACCGUGCUUAGGAGGUUUGGUUAUGAUGAUGAUCUGGAGCUUACACAAGAAUACCUGUUUCCACUGUUUAAAAUACCUCCAGACUGCACAACAGAGCUGAAUCACAAUGCCUACCUCUUCCUCCAGAGUGUGUUUGACAAACAUGACAAAGAUCGAGACUGUGCCCUGUCUCCAGAUGAGCUGAAGGAUUUGUUCAAGGUGUUUCCCUACAUGCCCUGGGGUCCCGAUGUCAACAACACAGUCUGCACCAAUGAGCAAGGCUGGAUCACUUACCAAGGCUACCUUUCCCAGUGGACACUUACAACAUACCUAGAUGUGCAGCGGUGUUUGGAGUACCUGGGAUAUCUCGGCUACUCUAUUAUUCAAGAGCAGGAGUCACAAGCAGCUGCCAUCACAGUCACCAGGAACAAGCGUAUUGACCUGCAGAAGAAGCAGACCCAGCGCAGUGUUUUCCGAUGUAAUGUCCUCGGGGCUCGAGGCUGUGGUAAAAGUGGCUUUCUGCAGGCUUUCCUGGGCAGGAACCUUGUGCGCCAGAAGAGGAUAAGAGAAGACCACAAGUCUUAUUAUGCCAUUAGCACUACUUAUGUUUAUGGACAGGAGAAAUAUCUGCUCCUUCACGAGGUGCUUCCAGACGUGGAGUUUCUUUCUGAAGCUGAUCUGGCUUGUGAUGUUGUUUGUCUGGUUUAUGACAUCAGCAACCCACGCUCAUUUGAAUACUGCGCUAAAGUCUACAAGAAACACUUCAUGGACAGCAAGACCCCAUGUGUGAUCAUUGCUGCCAAGUCUGACCUGCAUGAAGCCCGUCAGUACUACAGUCUCUCGCCGUUGGACUUCUGCCGAAAACACAAGCUUCACCCGCCGCAGCUGUUCACCUGCAACACCACCGAAGCUCCGAGCAAGGACCUCUACACCAAACUCACCACUAUGGCCAUGUACCCCCACGCCAAGUUACGCUGCAUGUGCGGCUGCAACAGGUGCACCUAUUGCAUCUGUCACAACCUCCUGAACUCUGAGCUGGUGCGCUCGGUAAAGGCCAAAUUCUCCAGCGCUGUUCUCAACAGGUUGAGACCUUUUAUACAAGAUCUGGGCACAUUUCUGUUGGCUGAUGAGGAGUCCAGCCUCACCCAUCAGGUUCAUGCAGUCAGCUUUGUUGAGGACUCGGUCUUCAUGGAGUCGUCUGUCGACCCGUUUGUGCCCGCUUGUAACAGACACAUGACCCAAGCUGACCUGAAAAACUCUACAUUUUGGCUGAGGGCGAGCGUCGGUGCCACUGUCUUUGCUGUUCUGGGCUUUGCCAUGUACAAAGCUCUCCUCAAGCAGCGGUGAUCAGUGCAAAUACAAAAAAAAAACUAAACAGCAUGUUACUGCAAACCCAGACCCACGAUGAUCCCUCAUUCCAUCCUCGUUUCAUUUAGGAGAAAAGAUUCCUAGUAAAUAGCAUAGUACAUUUUGUAGAGUAAAAACUGCCUUUCCCAAACCAAGUGUUACAGGAACUCUAUUUGUUGGAACGGGACGGGAUUUUACGAAGAGGCUUCUGCUCUUUUUCUGAUGGGACGGUUUUUAAUUUAUGCACACGGAUGUUUUCCUCAGGUCAGUAUUAAUUGGUGUGACCUAUGUUGGAGAGGGACGGCAGAGAAGCCUGAUAGGUGACUGAACACUGUUUAUAUGUAUGUAAAUAUAUAUAUCUAUCUUACUGGACAUUCUACGAUUGUCUCUAGCUAGCGAACAAACCAUAUUUUAUCCCAUAGUGCUCGAGGGAGAAGCACUGAAACCAAGCCAUUUCUCACGUCGAGGUCAUUUUGCUCAUUAAACAUCACCAUUGUGUUCGUUUAUCAGCCUUAUUUCUCUCUUUUUGGGCAUGUAAGAACAAGGAAUUCUUUUUUUAUGAAAUAUUUAGUUUUAUUUUGAUAAGUUAUGCAUUUAUUUCUUAAUUUCCUUACUACCCAUGGCCUUCAUGAAGAAUAUGCACACAAAUAAAACCUUUUUAUGUUCAGUGAUGAGAUGCCGUAACCGGUUUGUGUUCAACCAGACUAAAUAGGACCUGCUUAUUACAUUACAAAAAGGCGGUAUGAAUUAUUCCCAACUAACAAUCACGUAGAGACGCAUCAUUUUUUUUGUUCUGAUGUUUAUGCAUAUGUAACUUUUGAGUGCAGUUUUUCCCUCUUUAAGACCACGGGAUUGUUGCGCUUGUGGGUUUUCAGUCAUUUACAAUAAAUAAUGGUGUGAAUAAA